UUACAUAACUGUCACUGCAAUGUCACCAACCUGAAAACAUAACAUUCCCCUAAUUUGCAUAAACUUCACUUGUGGUUCAUUGUGUGAAUCACUUCAUUAAACGGUUCAACGUUUGUAAUUAAACCCAAAUCGAAUAUUAGUGCCUUCACCACCGUCACCAUGAACAAACACGUCUUCAUCGUCUUCCUCUGCUCGUUCAGCGAGCUCUGGGCGUACAAAAACUAUACCGUAGAAAACCCCAGCGUGUGUUCAUCCGUGAGUAAACGAACGAUAAAACUCGGCUCCGGCACAGACUCAUCAGUACUCAUCACACAAAGAAGAUUAUCCGACCACACAAUAGAAUGGAACAAAGACUACAAGUGUUCAUUCGACAUUAAAAGCCGAGGAAUCAUUUCAUCACUGCUAGAUGAACCAGUUGGUAUAUUCGCCGUGGUGCAGAGCAUGAAUCUGCGCCGGGAUGCAAUCACACAUGAGUGUAUUGAUUACAUUCAGUUCAAAGACAGUCGUGGGCGCACAUCGUUGAGGUUAUGUGGUGAUCUCAAUGCGCAGUACGCAAUGGACGGUAAAUUUGACAGCUCGGAUGAAGACUCCGACGAAUCAGAUGCGCCGGAUUUAUUCGGCUACCAUGAUGAAGUGUCAUUUUUGACAUUUGAUGAUCCAUAUGGACUUUUAACGGUUUAUAUCUAUAUUGAUAGCAAACCAUUGGAGCGUGGUGAACACACUGAUUUUACUCUUGCGUUUACUGGUUAUAAACACUGCCGGAAUUCUGGUUAUAAAAGUUGCGAUUUUGACAAGAGUAAAUGUAUCUACGAAGCGUUCUUCCAAGAUGGCGUUGUCAACUGUCCGUAUUACGACUGUCUGGAUGAAGGCGGUUGUAAAAUGUUGAAACCCAUCGAUGUGGAUAAACCAUUGACGAUUGGAAGUCACAUUUUGAUUGGAUCUGCGACUAGUUUGGUUGUAUCAUUCAUUGUUUUUGUACUUUGCCUGUAUAGUUGCCGAAAAUAUGGUAAGUUUUGUUGGUCUGAGGAAUUCUCACGUCCGCCGCCGAAUAUUAGGCCACCACCAGCGCAGACCAAUGCACAGGUUGCGCCCUCUGUGGCUGAAACUGUGAAUUUACACACUCCGGCCGUUCCAAGUGCACCUACACCGGAGGAUAAAGAUAUGCCGCCAUCUUAUGAGAGUUUAUUCCCCCCGGGCGCUACCAGAUGAUUACUCACAGCUAAAAUUCUCUUUUAUGCCUUGUUUUAUGCUAAUAAUACGCAAUGUAAAGGCCUAAUUGUAUUUUUGUACAUAUCGUAGUGUAGGGUGCGUAAGUUAGGUUAUGAGUGCGUGAGCGGCCAUUUUUGCUCAACGUGUAGCGUAUAUUUAUGAUAUUUGGAUGUGCAAAUGUGAUAAUGAGGGUGAAUCAAGUCGAAUGAUCUGAGAGAUUAGUUUUUUUGAUAUUUAUAUAUAAGGAAUAUUAUUUUGAAGCGGGAGAAGUGCGAAUUUUUAUGGAAGCACGAAUAAAAUCUAAGUUUAAAUAA